AAAGUAUGCUUUUUGGGCUUAAAUAUGAAAAAAAAAAGUCAGAAAUUAACAAUGAACAAACACUCUCAAGUGCAGUAAAAAAUUGUCAAAAUGAAGAGAUUAUGAAUAAGCUUUUUAAUUAUCAUUUAAAAAAAUACAUCGCUAUGUCUAUAGAAUGUAAAAGCUUUUUUAUCAAUUGGAAAAACCAAGAAAGCAAUAUUAUCAAAUUGAAUACAAAAUUGAAAGAAAUAUACCCACCAGAUUAUAUUUUUAAUGAUUGUGAAUUGUAUGCAUGGAGAACCUUAUUAAAACAUACAGGCUGUGAUAAUAUAACACCUUUUGGAAAAGGAUCUAUGAUAAUAAAUAAAAAAUGUUAUAGUGAUGCUGAAAAUUGA